AUAUGUUGUAUGGAGAUAAGCCCUAAUAACAAACUUAAAAAAAAUUUCACUGAUAUAUUUUUACUCAUAAUGCAAUAUACUCGUCAGCAUCUCUUAAAAUAUUAAUUAUGGUUAUUACUAGUAAUGAUCCAUUGCAGGAUACAACCAAUUUUUUACAGACUGUUGCAUCUAGUAUGUUACAUUGGGCACGCCUAGUUAUUGGAGGACUUGCACUUCCCCUUGUUUUUCCUUGGCUGGUUUAUAAUUUAUAUAAGUCUCAUUUCAAACAUAAAAUCUUUCGAAACCGCUCUCUUGAAGAUAAAGUAGUUUUAAUAACUGGAGCAAGUUCUGGCAUAGGAGAAGCUCUUGCUCAUGCUUUUUAUAAAGCAGGGGCAAAAGUUAUACUUGCUGCAAGACGUAGAGAUGCUCUGGAGAAAGUUAAGGAGGAUUUAAUGUCAAUGUAUCCAUCUAAGCAUGAACCAACAGUUCUUACAUUAGAUCUUCACAAUCUGAAAGAAAUUCCUGCAAAAGCACAAGAAGCACUUAAUAUAUAUGGUUACAUUGAUAUCUUGGUAAAUAAUGGUGGCAUCAGUUCUCGAGGAGAAAUUACUGAUACAGCAUUAGAAGUUGAUCUAAGAGUUAUGGUUACAAACUAUUUUGGACCUGUAGCUCUGACGAAAGCAAUUCUGCCAUCCAUGCUGGAACGAGAUUCUGGAUUUAUAAUAGCAAUGAGCAGUGUACAAGGAAAAAUUGCUAUUCCAUUCAGGUCUUCAUAUGCAGCAUCUAAGCAUGCUACUCAAGCAUUUUUUGAUACUUUGAAGUCUGAACUCAGUCAUACAAAUGUUUGUGUUUGUGUAGUUAGUCCAGGUUAUGUACAGACAAAUCUUUCAUUAAAUGCUGUCACUGGUGAUGGUAGCAGAUAUGGUGAAAUGGAUCAAACUACAGCCACUGGAAUGGACCCAAAAGAAGUUGCUGAAAGUGUAGUUAUUGCAACUGCAUCGAAACAGACAGAGCUUAUUUUAGCUGGAAUUUUGCCAAAGAUUGCUAUACUUAUUAGGGUGUUAUGCCCUUGGCUGUAUUUUUAUAUCAUGGGCAGUCGAGCUCGCAGAAUACGAGCUGCUGAUAUGAUCAAAGAAGACUAACUGUGUUAUAUGUGUAUUAUAUGUACCAUUUGUGAUAUUUUAAAUGAAUUAUUUUGUAUUAUAAAUAUAUAUCUAUGUAAUAAAAACGAUGAUUUCCAAUCUGUAA